CAAACAUAGACAUGGCUGGUCAACCCGUUCGUCUGUACAGCAAGGGCCGCGUUUUGGGCUACGAGCGUGCCAAGCGCGCCCAGAACCCCAACACUUCUUUGAUCCAGGUCGAAGGUGUCCAAACCACCAAGGAUGCUCAGUUCUACCUCGGUAAGCGCAUUGCUUAUGUCUACCGUGCCCAGCGUGAGGUCAACGGCUCCAAGGUCCGCGUUAUCUGGGGUCGCAUUGCCCGCACCCACGGUUCCAACGGUGUCGUCAAGGCCCGUUUCCGCAAGAACUUGCCCCCCAAGGUGUUUGGUGCCAGUGUCCGCAUCAUGCUUUACCCCUCCAACAUCUAAACGAGUUCUACGUUGACGAUUAAAAGCAAGGAUGUUUAACAACCAAAAAAUAAAUAAAAGAAAAGAAGCUAUAAAAUGUAGAUUGUAUUUUUUUUAUAUCUUUUUGCUUUGUGAGGAAUAAAGAACACAAACACAUUCAUACAUACAAUACAUGC